UCGAGCUUCGGCUGCCGCAGCGUGUGGAUAGGGAACGCAACGCGAGUUUCGUCGAGCGCGUCCAUAACCGGCCAUCGUUAUUUAUAAAUCCCGUGGCCGCCUGUUCGCGUCUACCUUUUUCCAUCGAGCCGAAACUACGGCGCGUGAUUCAGUGCUGCCGGCAACGAUAUCGGGUCUCUCUCCCUCUCUCUUUCUCUCUCCUUCUCUCUUCUUUCCGUGAAUUAAGAAGCAUUCCGUUCCACGAGGGUCGUUACUCAACCAUGUCACCUCGCCAAGGUGAAAGGAAUUUCUCGAUUUAGGCUAGGAUGUCACAUCACAGCGACGAUAACAUGCUGAUAGCAACCUCGGACUCCUUUUGGGAGCCGGGCAACUACAAACGGACUACGAAAAGGAUCGAGGACGGACACAAACUCUGCGACAGCUUGAUAGCACUCGUGCAAGAGAGGGCGGAGAUCGAGAAGAGCUACGCGAAAGCCCUGAAGAAUUGGUCGAAGAAUUGGAACGAUAAGAUCGAGAAAGGCCCGGAAUAUGGAACCACCGAGGCGGCGUGGAAAGGCGUUCUCGUCGAGUCCGACAGGUUAUGCGAUCUUCAUCUCAGGGUCAAGGAGAGUCUCUGCAACGACAUCAUCCAGCAAGUAAAAACGUGGCAGAAAGACAAUUACCAUAAGUCGAUGAUAACCCUGAAGGAGCGCAAGGAGAUGGAGGACGCGUUCAAGAAGGCGCAGAAGCCUUGGGUGAAGCUUCUGCAGAAGGUCGAGAAGGCGAAGUCGGAAUACCACAACAGCUGUAAAACCGAGCGGACCGCCGCGAACAUGGAGAGAAACGCCUCCGCGGACAGUUCGCUUUCGCCGGACCAGAUGGCCCGAGGCUCUGAAAACGUGAAGAAAAUGCAGGACAGGGUGCAGAAAACAAAAGAGGAGGUGCAGAAGGCGAAAGAGAAGUACGAGGCGACGCUGCAGGAAAUCAACCUGAACAACCCGAAGUACAUGGAGGACAUGACCGAGGUGUUCGACAAGUGUCAGGCAAUGGAGGCGCAGCGGCUGCAGUUCUUCAAGGAGGUCCUGUUCGACCUUCACAAAUGCCUAAAUAUAUCCCAAGAUCCGAUACUUCCUCAGAUAUACGAAGAAUUCUAUCACACGAUCAAUAACGCGGACCACGAAAAGGAUCUGAAAUGGUGGUCGAACAACCACGGUGUCAACAUGGCGAUGAAUUGGCCGCAGUUCGAGGACUACACAGAGGAGUUCCGUGACAUCACCAAGGGCUCGAAGUCGAAGGAGGCACUUCCGGCUGGCUCCAUCACGCUGAUCAAUCAACGCCCGGUCGGCGAGGACCUGCAUGAGUUCCCGCCGGUUAAUAACAAAUCCAAGUCGAAGCCCAGUUCCCGUGUGAUAUCAACAGAUGGAAGUCACGGAGACAGCAAAACCGAAACAAUUAGUUCCGGCAAACAUUCUACGGAAAAGAAUAAUCACGAUGGCAACACCGUAAACAGAACUUCUACUAUUACAAACGGCACUAAUGCUAAACAAGAAUCGAACCCGUUCGAAGAAGAAGAAUGGGAUGAAGAUGUCGGCGAACCAUUGGUAGACAAUGGAGAACCAGGUGUUCCUGUGCGUGCGUUGUACGACUAUGAAGGAGCAGAAGCGGACGAGCUUAGCUUUAAACAAGGUGAUGUAUUCGAGAAAUUAGAAGACGAAGACGAACAGGGCUGGUGUAAAGGAAGAAAAGAUGGCCGAGUGGGUUUGUAUCCUGCGAACUACGUAGACCUCGUGUCCCAGUAAAUAACCACGUGACGCCAAAUUUUCAUGGACAUUGUUAGUUACUUAACACGCAUCGUGUGCGAGAGAAAGGGAGACGAAAUUUUUAUUUUGUCGUUUAUAACGACCUCAUUGAAAUUUUGUAAAUGUCGCUAGGUAAGAGUUACACAAGACUAUAUUAGAGAUCGUUCACUUCGUGUGAUAUAAGAUGAUCACUAUACAAAAACAACACCUAAUACCUAAAGUUCGAUGUAAAUGAGUAAACGAUGCAAGUCUAACGAUCGAGAAAAAUAAAUGUAACGGAAAAGGAUAGGUCGAGAUCGAUGAAAUCGUCUGCAACCGUGUUUUGGUUCUCUUAUUUUUCUUUCUGAAAUCAAAGUAGCUCAUCGCGUAUAGCACUUAAAAUAAAACCGUUUUACCUCUACCAACCGGUAAAACGAUUUUCCAUAGCUAGUUAGGAUUACUUGCAUCCAUCUAAUAUAGUGUAUCGCUAGACAACAAGAUGGAUUAGUGCAUAUGCCACAGGUAUAUUAAGUUUAGAGUUUCGAGAUAAUGUACAAUUAUACAUUUUCUGGCUCAUUACCAUUGUUGCUAUUGAACAUUUUCGGCAAAUACGGCGAGAAGUAUAUUUAAUUUAUUGUUAUUCAAAUGAAUACUAUUAAAACUUAUUCUGUCUGAAUGAUAUCAUUGUAUAUAAUAGAUCUAAGCGCAUAAUGGUAUGCAAAGUUGCAAUUGUUUAACGUCGUUAAGAUUUUAUGAUGUUCGGUGUGCAUCGGCAUGAUAAUGGGAAGCCUUUUUUUUAGAAAAAUGAAGAAGAAAAUCGCGUGCAUCAAAUGUACCGAGUGAAUCAAUUUGGGACCCAAAAUUGUCCAAGUAUUCUUCAUUUUUUUAUUGAUUAUGCAGCGCAACUUUAACGAUGGCGAAUAUCGUGAGACCUUAUUGAUCUAUAAAAAAAUGAAUUUUUGUUAUAAAUUAUUCUAAAACUAUGACGAUAUUAAAUAUCUUCCAUUCUAACAGCGAAUUCGCAUAAUUGGCUAUUGUAUGUUUUGUACAUAAUUCUUUUUAACGAGAGAAGCAUAAUCGUUUACGAAUUAAUCCACAAUGUCAUUUUUAGUUGUACAAAACGCUUUAUACGAAACCGAGUACAACUAUCGAAAGCAUUUCACAUUAUCAAAAUUUCACGUUUUCAAAAUCCAAAAUAUCCCGAAUACGAUUUAAUUGAACAUUCACCAUGAAUCGAUGUAUGUAGCUUCGCUACUGCAUACUUUCAGAAUACGUGUAGAGUAGACACACGAGGUAUGUUAAUGUAAACAACGUUGCAGAGUAAUCACAAAACCAAACGAACUGUAGAUGUAAAUCGUUCAAAAACGGAAGCAUUUAUAGUUUUCCAUGUAACAACAAGAGACGUAUGCAAAUCAAUUAGAGUCAGCUUUAAUACAGUGAGUUGUUAUUUAUAUACAGAGUGAAUCACUCGACUCAAUGACCUAUAAUUCCUCGUAAAUUAUUGAUACAGUAUAUUGCAGGGAAUAAUUUACGAUUAAUUGUUAAGUUAUUGCAUUAGGUGGAUCAGUGUGUAUACUUUGAUUUCGCGAAGCGCUCAGAGAAGUUGACUAACAGUCAAGUUAAUAAUAAUGAAUAGUGAUAAAAUGCUAGUUAUCCUUCACAAGUAAGUAAACAGGUGUCACUGUACACAGUAUUUAUGUAAAUAUACAUAUAGUAGAAUAUAAGAAGAUUUACAAUUCAACCAGCGACUGAUUUUUGUAAUUGUUUACAUCAUUAGUCCUCCAAAUUAUUUUCUGUAAAGAGUGUUUGCAAUUUCAAUGAUGUUGUUGAAUAGGCUCUAGUUUGUGUAUAAAAAAAUAAAACUUGAUUAUGUAUAACUUAAUAAGUAGAAUAUGUAUGAAAUAUUAAACGGUUUAGAGAA